UUCUUGCACGCACUACGGGCAUUACUUCGAAAAUAUGGUUCCCGCUUGUCAGCGAUGAUUUCGGUAUCGACAGCCCUCUAUUCCAGAUCCACGGGUCUCGUACGGUGGAUGGAAGCCCUGUUAGACGGUGUCGUGGAGCUAGUGCCAUUGCAGCAACCGGUGCACGCUCAGCCAGGGUCGAAAUCAGACGACGCCGCCCAAGGAAUGCUCAACAUACACCGUCUUCCUGUUACAGUUGAACUUGGCAUAGGCCCAGGAGGCAGGCUCUCUCAAAAGAACCUUUCCUUCAAGUUGAGCUCAUCGAGCGGGUUGGUGAUCAAACCCUAUAGCCUGCCUCCCGUUGGGGACACUGCAGAUGCAAAUGAUGCUGCGUCAAAGGAUACUAAGAGCCAUGAUUUAUCAUUCUAAUGGAACGGCGAUAUCUUAUGAGACAAGCCUGCAGAUGAGGCCAAGUAGUUGUGAGACUCGUGUGCUCACUGAGAGCAGCUGCCGUCAGCCAUACCAAUGACAACCAAACAAUGCAACACAUGAGCAACAUGAUAACAAUGCCUUCCGUCCGAUCGUAUUCCUUGGGUCAGAUGUAGCCCGUCUACAAUUGGUGUUUGUCGAGCUGUGAGUCUGGGUGGGCCAAUACGAGGACCCUUCUCAAGUAUGAAUAUUGCCCGAGUCGCACACCACAGAAAAUGCAUAAUAAUGCUUAGACAGAUACAUACCAACCGAUAUCGAAUUUCUGA